AACAUGUUUUUUUGAUUAAUAUCCUGUCGUAUUUGUAUACACCAAAAAAGUAAUAAACAUUAACAUUUCCCAGUGGCUUACCGCGUUUUAAUUAAGACAACAUUAUAGUCCAACUGUAACACGUCACUAUUGUAAAAACAAACGGUAACACGUUACUAAUUAAUCACUCUUCCAAUCCCUGAUACCCUUCCCCAAGUAAUAAGUCAACCAUCCUUAAUCUUACUUAUCUCUAUAUAACCACUCUCAACCUAAUCACAAAACAACCUCAACUACAACUACAACUACAACCUCUGCAACAAUUACAACCUCAAAAAUCACCAAACCAAACAAAAAAACAGGAAAGAAUUUCAUUGAAUAUUUUCCAAAAUGCCUAGAAAGGGAAUGAGAAGCAUUUUCUUCCAACCAUCCACAUCCACGUCAUCAAAACCUCCACCACCAUCUUCACCUCUCAGAACAUUCUCAGACUCCUUAAUGGAAGAAAACAUUGAAACCGCAGAAUCACUUAUAACAAAAUGGGAUUAUUCCAAAAAAAUCAUUACCCCUCUUUUCAGCGGUAACACUCGUUUAGAAGCCAAACAAUACCUAAACGCUGUUAAAGGUCUACAAUCCGCUAUGCAGUACCUUGUCACACGUGAUUCCACCUCUAACGCUCUUAUAAAAUCUCAAUUCUUAAUGCAACUCGCUAUGAAAACUCUUCAAAAAGAGUUUUAUCAAAUUCUAUCGUCAAACAGAGAAUAUUUAGAUCCUGAAACCGUUUCUAACCGUUCUUCAGUAGAUCGUAGAAGAAGCAGUGUUUCAUUUUCUGAUUAUGAAAGUGAAAUCGAAAUCUCCGACGACGACGAGUUUCGUGGCGUCGGAAACACGAUUUCUGAGACUGAGAGAGUUUCAAUGCUUGCUAUGGUGGAUUUGAAAGCUAUUGCUGAUUGUAUGAUAUCUUCUGGCUAUGGAAAAGAGUGUGUUAAGGUUUAUAUUGUUAUGAGAAAAUCGAUUGUUGAUGAAGCGCUUUAUCAUCUAGGUGUUGAACGGUUGAGUUUUUCUCAGAUUCAGAAAAUGGAUUGGGAAGUUAUUGAGUUGAAAAUCAAGACGUGGCUAAACGCUGUUAAAGUUGCCGUUGGAACUCUGUUUCACGGCGAGAGGAUUCUCUGCGACGACGUGUUCGCGGAGGCGUCACGGAAGAGAAUCGCUGAGUCGUGUUUCGCAGAGAUUACUAAAGAAGGUGCUAUUUCACUUUUAACUUUCCCGGAAAUGGUGGGAAAAUGCAAGAAAACGCCGGAAAAAAUGUUCAGAACACUUGAUUUAUAUGAAGCAAUUUCCGAUCAUUUACCACAAAUUCAAUCGAUAUUCUCUUUUGAAUCAACUUCUAACGUCCGUUUACAAGCCGUUACAUCUAUGGCGAAACUCGCCGAAGCCGUUAAAACGAUGUUAACGGAUUUCGAAUCAGCGAUUCAGAAAGAUUCUUCAAAGAAACCAAUCACCGGCGGUGGAGUCCACCCUCUCACACGCUAUGUAAUCAACUACAUCACGUUCCUCGCCGAUUACAGCGGCGUACUUUCCAAUAUCAUCUUCAAUUUGCCUCAAUCUCCGUUACCGGAAUCUUACUAUCAAAGCCCCAUGCGCGGUGAAAACAAUUCAUCUUCCGAUAUAUCAGAUAAAAUCGCGUGGCUUAUACUCGUUGUUCUCUGUAAACUUGACGGAAAAGCUGAACUCUACAAAGACGUAGCACUUUCUUAUCUUUUUCUUGCCAAUAACAUGCAAUACGUCGUCGUAAAGGUUCGAAGAUCAAACUUAGGAUUUCUUCUCGGAGAAGAUUGGUUAACGAAUCAUGAAUUGAAGGUUAAAGAGUACGUGUCCAAGUUCGUGCGGGUUGGAUGGAAUAAAGUCUUAUCGACGUUGCCGGAAAAUUCCACUGUGGAUAUGCCGGUGGAGAAGGUUAGAGAGAGCUUUGUGAAAUUCAACGCUGCUUUUGAUGGAGAGUGUCGGAAACAGUCUUCGUGGGUUGUAACCGACCCGAAACUGCGAGAUGAAAUCAAAGGCGCGAUAGGUUCAAAUUUGUUGGCGAAAUAUGGUGGGUUUUAUGAGACGAAUCGGGUCGGAUUGGAAUCGGUUAUUAGAUAUGAACCGGAAAAUGUAGAGGGGUGUUUGUGUAAUAUUUUGUAUGGGGUUGGAGAUUCGGGUAGUGUUUCAUCACAUUCUUCGUCGAGGGUGUCGUCUUCUCGUGGCUCUAGUCGCCGGUGAAGUUGGAGUCCACGGUGAAGAGUAGUAUUCAACAAUUUGAU